AAUCAAGUCAACAUCAACAGCAUAAACGACGACCAGCAUACGAAUUACCUUGUGCAUUAGCUUCUUCUAUUUCGUUGCAUAAUGGUUCUAGAUUGUUAGAAUGUGAAACUAAAGAGCAACAAACAAUACGUCAUGUGGAUAGUAAAUUAGCAAAAAGUCGCCUUCUAUUGUAUAAUAGUUUUUUUUCUGAAUUAAUUCAAAUUCAAACAUAUUUAGAAGAUUUUUCUUUAUGUGAAAAGCAUUAUAACCAACUUGUUGUGUCCAAUUUCUUACAACAAGUUCUUACAAAUACAAAUUAUUCGCAAUUAUCUAAAAAUAAACAAGCUCGUGUAGAGCAUGCUUAUGAAAUAGAAGUUGAAAAAAAUACUUGUGAAAUUGGUAUUCAAACUGAAGAGACUGGUAAUAACAUAACCCAUAAAAUUAGCAUACAAGUAUCUGAUAAUAUGUCACGUCCUCUUAUAAAUUAUAUUAAUCUACUUCAAGUGCAAUUGAGUAUAAAAAUAGAUGAGAUAGAAAACCUUCAAAAGCAAUUAGAAUAUGCAUAUGAUUAUGUAAUCGAGAGUUGGAAACAAAUUCAAGAAAUAAAUAAAAUAAAUAAAGAGCUAUCCAAACAAAAUAAUGCAUUAAAAUAUAAUUGGGAAAAUCAUUAUAAUAAUCAAAAAAAAAAGAAUUGA